AAGGCGGGGCUUGCCGGAAAACGGGUUGGAUGUGAUGUAUUAGCGUGCAGCAUGGUUUCUGAUGUGUGCUUAUCAUGAGGGCUGGCAACAAAAAUGCUGUUUAUUAUAAAAUAGAAAUUCACUUUAUAGUUUGAGCUAUUAUUUUUUUUAUUUAACACUUGUUGUUUAAUUUGUUUAAUCGCUUGAAAAAUGGGGAAAAGUAAGACUAAAAACCAGAAGAAGGCACGUGUAGCUGCGAAUCACGUGGCCGAGGAGACGUACGCGAGCGUGCCGCACUCCUUCGUCUUUCACCGUGGCCUGAUCGGGAAGAACGUGGAAGAGCUGAUGAUGGACAUGCGGCGUGUCAUGGAGCCGUACACAGCCCAGUCCUUAAAGGUUAGAAAGAAAAACGUCUUGAAAGAUUUUGUGACCGCAGCAGGACCUCUGGGAGUCACGCAUUUCCUCGUCUUCACCAAAACUGAGAACAGCGUUAACUUGAGACUGGCACGACUUCCUAAAGGCCCCACUGUCCAUUUCCAGGUUACAAAGUACACCCUGAUCAAGGACGUGGUUUCGUCUCUGAAGAGGCACAGGAUGCACGAGCAGCAGUUUACUCACCAUCCGCUGCUGGUGCUGAACAAUUUCGGGACGGAGGGCAUGCACAUCAAACUGAUGGCUACCAUGUUUCAGAACAUGUUCCCUUCCAUCAACGUGCACAGGGUCAACCUGAACACCAUAAAGAGGUGUGUGUUGGUGAAUUACGAUCCUGCGUCGCAAGAAAUCGAGUUUCGGCAUUACAGUCUGAAGGUGGUCCCUGUAGGCAUGAGCAAAGGCGUGAAGAAGCUCUUGCAGGAGAAGUUCCCCAACAUGAACAAACUGGAGGAUAUCAGUGAGCUGCUUCUCAAGGGUGUGAACCUUUCGGAGAGCGAAGCAGAGCAGGAUGGCGAGCACAACAUCACCGAGCUGCCCCAGGUGUAUUCGGGCCGCGGGAACAUGAGGGCGCAGCAGAGCGCCGUCCGACUUACUGAGAUUGGCCCCAGAAUGACCCUGAAGCUGGUAAAGAUUGUGGAAGGCAUGGGAGAGGGCAACGUUCUGUAUCAUUCUGUUGUGACGAAGAGUGAGGCAGAGAUUCGGGAGAUCCUGAAGAGGAAGGAGGCGCGUCUGAAGGAGAAAGCAGAACGAAGGAGGAAGCAGGAGCAAAACGUCGCCCUGAAGAGGGAUAAACGAGACGAAAACAAAAAAAGGAGUCUGGAUGGAAUGAAGAGGAAAUGGCAGCAGGAAGGGGCUGCUUCAGAUGACAGUGAAGUGGAGGAUCCUGGGAUGCAGGACGACCAGCCGGAGGCUGAGGAGUCAGAAGAUGAGGCCGAGUAUUACAGACAGGCUGUCGGGGAGGAACCUGAUGAAGACAUGUUCCCCACUGCAAAGAGGAAACAUGCCCCAGGCAGGUCACAGAUGCCCUUUAAGAAGAGGAAACUGUCCAGAGCUCCUGGGGAAGAAAAAGCACAUCGAUCCAAACCUACGGGCAAGGCUUCUUUUGGUGAUAAAAACUUUGCUUCUAGGAAGUUUGGCUGGAAGAACACUGGAAAAAACGCCUCUGGAAGCAGAGGAUUUAAAGCAGGAAAAAUGUCAGGGGCCAGCAACCGGUUUGGGAAGAGUAAAGGAGGAAAGAAUUUCGGAGGAAAGCAAGGGGAAAGGUUUGGGGAAAAGAAAAGUGGGCCAAAGGGUUUAAAGGGGAAAGGACAAAGAGCGAAAACCGGCUCUGCGUUUAAAGCAGGUCCAAGAGGAAGACAAGGAAAGAAAGACUUCAUGAAGAAGAAAGAGAGAAGGUGAAGAUAAAACAUUAGGCAGGAUCUACACGAAUGCGACCUGGUGGUGUUGAUGUUCAACUUCUAUCCUGCUUAAGCAGCCUGAUAAAGACUGCAGUUUGUUAAAAAAAUAUAUUUGUGCUUUGUAAAAAUGUUUAUAAAUGUUUAUCGCAUUUACAGCAAAUAAAUAAUGGAGUCUUUCAUAAAA